GAGACGCUCUGGUUGUUAGGGCGACUCGUCCCGCCUUCUGAGGGCCUUUCUCUGGCUUCGUGAUUGGCUGUUGGUAUCGAGGAAUCCCGGCGUGGACAGCGCGAGGGAAAGAUGGCGGCCAUGGCGGUCGGAGCUGCCGGUGGGAGCCGCGUGUCCAGCGGGAGGGACCUGAACUGCGUCCCGGAAAUAGCUGACACACUGGGGGCUGUGGCAAAGCAGGGGUUUGAUUUCCUCUGCAUGCCUGUCUUCCACCCGCGUUUCAAGAGGGAGUUCACUCAGGAACCUGCUAAGAAUCGGCCGGGCCCCCAGACUCGAUCAGACCUACUGCUGUCAGGAAGGGACUGGAAUACGCUAAUUGUGGGAAAGCUUUCUCCGUGGAUUCGUCCAGACUCAAAAGUGGAGAAGAUUCGUAGGAACUCUGAAGCCGCCAUGUUACAGGAGCUGAAUUUUGGGGCCUAUUUGGGUCUUCCAGCUUUUCUGCUGCCUCUAAGUCAGGAAGAUAACACAAACCUGGCCAGAGUUUUGACCAACCACAUCCACACUGGCCACCACUCUUCCAUGUUCUGGAUGCGGGUACCGUUGGUGGCACCAGAAGACCUGAGAGAUGACGUAAUUGAGAAUGCACCAACUACACACGCAGAGGAGUACAGUGGCGAGGAGAAGACGUGGAUGUGGUGGCACAACUUUCGAACCUUGUGUGACUAUAGCAAGAGGAUUGCAGUGGCCCUUGAAAUUGGAGCUGACCUCCCAUCAAAUCAUGUCAUUGAUCGUUGGCUUGGAGAGCCCAUCAAAGCAGCCAUUCUCCCUACCAGUAUUUUCCUGACCAAUAAAAAGGGAUUUCCUGUUCUUUCUAAGAUGCAUCAGAGGCUAAUCUUCCGGCUGCUCAAGUUGGAGGUACAGUUCAUCAUCACAGGCACCAACCACCACUCAGAAAAGGAGUUCUGUUCCUACCUCCAGUACUUGGAAUAUUUGAGCCAGAACCGCCCUCCACCCAAUGCUUAUGAACUCUUUGCCAAGGGCUAUGAAGACUAUCUGCAGUCCCCACUCCAGCCAUUGAUGGACAAUCUGGAAUCUCAGACCUAUGAAGUGUUUGAAAAGGACCCCAUCAAAUACUCUCAAUACCAGCAGGCCAUUUAUAAAUGUCUGUUAGAUCGAGUGCCAGAAGAUGAGAAAGACACCAAUGUCCAGGUGCUGAUGGUGCUGGGAGCAGGCCGGGGUCCCCUGGUGAAUGCUUCCCUGCGGGCAGCCAAGCAGGCUGACCGGCGGAUAAAGCUCUAUGCUGUGGAGAAGAACCCAAAUGCUGUGGUAACGCUAGAGAACUGGCAGUUUGAAGAAUGGGGAAGCCAGGUGACAGUAGUCUCAUCAGACAUGCGGGAAUGGGUUGCUCCAGAGAAAGCCGACAUCAUCGUCAGUGAGCUCCUGGGCUCCUUUGCUGACAAUGAACUGUCACCUGAGUGCCUGGAUGGAGCCCAGCACUUUCUGAAAGAUGAUGGUGUGAGCAUCCCUGGGGAGUAUACCUCCUUUCUGGCUCCCAUCUCCUCAUCCAAGCUGUACAAUGAGGUCCGAGCCUGUCGGGAAAAGGACCGUGACCCUGAGGCCCAGUUUGAGAUGCCUUAUGUGGUACGGCUGCACAACUUCCACCAGCUCUCUGCACCGCAGCCCUGUUUUACCUUCAGCCAUCCCAACAGAGAUCCUGUGAUUGACAACAACCGCUACUGCACCUUGGAGUUUCCUGUGGAGGUGAACACUGUGCUGCAUGGCUUUGCAGGCUACUUUGAGACGGUGCUUUACCAGGACAUCACUCUGAGCAUCCGUCCAGAGACUCACUCUCCUGGGAUGUUUUCAUGGUUUCCUAUCCUCUUCCCCAUUAAGCAACCCAUUACGGUGCGUGAAGGCCAGACAAUCUGUGUACGUUUCUGGCGAUGCAGCAAUUCCAAGAAGGUGUGGUAUGAGUGGGCUGUGACAGCACCAGUCUGUUCUGCUAUUCACAACCCCACGGGUCGCUCAUAUACCAUUGGCCUCUAGCCUUGCCUGCAAAAGUCCAGAGUUUUGGAAGCAGCUUAAGGUUCUGUUCCUGUAGCACAGAAGAUGCAGGUACAUCUGUGGGCUGUGAUUCCCUUUGCCCAUCAGAGAAGAGCAUUUCAGUCUGCUUUCCCACCUUAUGUAAAGGUGGGGAAAGGAAGAGAAUUAGCUGCAAGGCUUAAGCCGUCAAUCUGUGAAGACUUCAGGCCAAGGUGUGAAGAUUUAGUGCUGGAUCUGAAGCUACUUGAUGAGCACUCAGCUUCAAGCACUUCCUGGCACAGAUAGCCCUGAGAACAUGCGGAUUGAACACAUUUUCAGCCCUUUCCCUUCCCGUCUCUGUUCCUGUUUUGAUGGUUUUGUGCAGGAGGAAAAACAAAUAAAGUGAAGUUACAGCCUUUCCUGC